AUCGGCGCCUUGCCGGACGACGUUCUGUUACACGUUCUCUCUUUCCUCCCGACCACCCGCCUCUCUGUGUGCACCAGCGUCCUCUCAAGAAGAUGGCGGUCCCUGUGGGCCCGUGUCCCCCUCUUAAGUUUCGAAUACGACAGUUAUUCCGACCGCAGCUUUGGGGACAUCUUCACCGAGGUCGUGUCGGCGCACAAAGGGCAAACGGUACACACUUUCCGACUAACAACUGAUCAUGACUUCAACGAAUUUGAAAUCGAGGGCUGGAUUGCCGCUCUCGUUUCCCGCAAUAUCAGGAAUAUCUCUAUCUUUGUCUCCUGGUUUGAGACCGUAUGGACGACGAUGCCCAAUUGUCUCUUAAUGUGUGAAACCCUAGUGGAAUUGCGUAUUGGUGGUUAUGUCGUGCUCCCGGCAGCCGGCGAUGUGUGCCUGCCGGCCCUCAAGAGGCUUUAUAUUGAGGGGGCUGAAUCCUUGCCCCGCCUCAUAUCUGGCUGCCCCGUGCUUGAGGAGCUGAGCAUAAUACAAAUAAGCCCUAACCUCUAUACGUUUGAUUCACACCUCCACCUCUCUAUCGGCUCCGGUUGUUGUUCAAUUCUGCCCAUGCCGGCAAAGAAGCAACCACCGCUUGACAGACUCGGCGCCUUGCCGGACGACGUUCUGUUACACAUUCUCUCUUUCCUCCCGACCACCCGCCUCUCUGUGUGCACCAGCGUCCUCUCAAGAAGAUGGCGGUCCCUGUGGGCCCAUGUCCCCCUCUUAAGUUUCCAAUGCGGCGGUGGCUGCGAACGCCGCUUUAGGGACAUCGUCACUGAAGUCGUGUCGGCGCACAAAGGGCAAACGGUACACACUUUCCAACUAACAAAUUAUUCUAGCGACUACGAGUUUGAAAUCGAGGGCUGGAUUCCCGCUCUCGUUUUCCGCAAUGUCCGGAAUAUCUCUAUCUAUUUAUCCGGUUUGGGGGGCGAACGGGUUAUGAUGCCCAAUUGCCUCUUAAUGUGUGAAACCCUAGUGGAAUUGAAGAUUGGUGGUUAUGUUGUGAUCCCGGCGGCCUUCGAUGUGUGCCUGCCGGCCCUUAAGAGGCUUCUUAUUGGGGGGGCUGAAUCCUUGCCUCGCCUGAUAUCUGGCUGCCCGGUGCUUGAGGAGCUCGACAUUUUUAAUUGUGAU